UGUCUGUUUAUUCGUCUACCCAAUGUAAUUUGCAUGCAAGAAGGGUUUGUAAUAAUUUGACAUAAAUUUAAAACAAAAACGUAAAAAGAGUUGCUGCGAGUUGAUCAUUGAGGCAAGCAGUAAAUAGAAUGACGCAUGUAUUUCAGCCUGCGUCCAUCUGACCAGGCAUUUAUUGUGAAGGGACAUGCCCCCCGGAGCUGGCCGGGACAGAGUCUCUGUGGACGCGCCGCGGUGGUCACGCAGGACGGUGAGGCGCUGACAGGCUGGACGCCGCUUGCUUGGUGAAGUGUGUCUGCAGCACUGAGGCCAAAGCUGGAUUAUCAAAACACCGAGGGCUCUCCAGCAGAGGGCAGCAUAAGGCCAAGCUCAACACCCAAUCCUAGGGCAGUUAGCGCUGUCAGGAUUACUCCUUUGACAACCAUGAAAGGUUCUCCUGAUCUGAUUCCCUCUGCAGAUUUGGAUCCAAGCAGAGUGUGCAAAGGAAAAGGCGUGGUGACUUUGAGGGCAACCCUUGUCCACAUAGACGACGAGGAUUUUGUCAGCGAAGAACCGAAUGUCAUCACACCUACAAACGUCUGGACCGGCCAGAUUAAUGGAGACGGAUCUAAAGCAAGAGCGGAUGAGGGAGGCAGCAACAACAUGGCUCAUCUACCUCCUGAAAACUACACUCAGUGCCAGGUCAAUUUACCCAAAAGCAUAAGAGAAGAUCAAGCUCCUUCUUCAGAUGCUCAGCACUAUAACAUAUCAGCUCCCAGUUGUGUUUAUCCCUGCACCAGUUCAGUCAACCCCACCAUAGUCCUCCUGCAGCACAACAGAGAGCAGCAAAAGAAUCUGUCUCACUUGGAAGAUCCGACUCCAGAGAAAGACAGAGGCCCUGAUCCUAGCUGGGACCCGGUCUCUGACAUGGAUGGGAAGAGGCUGCGGCUGUCACUGCACUCCCCCGUUCUCCGUCCGAUAAGCAAACCCAUUGUGCCUGUGCGGAACACUGAAAAGUCCAAAGACUGGUAUAAGACAAUGUUCAAACAGAUACAUAAAAUACCCGAUUAUGGUCCCACCCACUUUGGUUACCUGGAAGAUGGAAAAACUGUGCCGCGCUCUAAAAGCGAUGACCUGGUUGAUUCAAGAGGGAGACUGAUGCCGAUGCCAACACGGUCCUCUUCCCUCAAACCAUCUGCCAGAAGGAACGAGUGGGAGCCCCCGGAUAAAAAGGUGGACACCAGGAAGUACCGCGCCGAGCCCAGGAGCAUCUUCGAGUACGAGCCGGGGAAGUCGUCGGUGCUGAAGCUGGAGAGAACGGAUGUAAGUCCAGAAGAUGUAGAUUUAGAGAAUGAGCCUUGGUAUAAGUUCUUUUCAGAGAUGGAGUUUGACAAAAGGAGUGCCCCCUCCUUCAGCCCUCUGGAAACAGCCACCGACCUGCAGCAGUACUCCUCAAGCAAGUCUGGACACAACGAGGUGGAGAAGGACAGUGGCUCAUCCACAAGUGAGCCUGUGGCUCCAGAAUGCGACCGACAUGUUUACAAGAGCGUCCUGGAGGGCGGUGACAUUCCCUUACAGGGCCUGCGGGCUCUGAACAAGCGCCAUGGAAGUUCUUCCUCCUCUAAAGUGGAUUAUAAAGGUGGGAAUGGCUAUAUAAUUUCACCUUGCUCCUCUGUAAAUAGUCGAACGGUUCUUGCCGGUAAUGAAAUAGGUGACCAGUGUAAGAGUAAGAAGUCCCUAUCUGCUGCCAAAGCCUGCAUACCCCAGAUCCUGCCCUCCAAGUUCAAGCCCAAGCUGUUGCCACCCAGUGGUGACAGUCAGGACAGCAGGAGUGAUGCUGUCAGACCACCAAAGGCCCACAGCUGUGAGGAUAUCUACACAGUGCACUGCAACGAAGCAGAGGAAGAGGAGAGCACUCAGCAAUCAGACUUUAAGCCGGGCUGUGGCAGUGAGUGCAGUGACGGCCUCAGGAAUGUCUCCCCUGCCAUCCGGAGGAGCGCAUCCGAGUUCUCCAGCCUGUACAGGUCCAUGCAUCACAUCCAGCGACCCAGCUCCGCUGGCUGCAGCCCCCAUGGCAGCGUCCGCAGCCUGACCUCUCUUUUUGAGAAGGCAAAGGGAGACGGCGAGGGGUCAGAGGCAGUGGACGACGAGAACGUUCGACGGGACAACGUGUCAUCACGGGUCAGUGAGUUUGAAAUGAUUAUUCAGCGGUCCAGCUUUACUCCCAGCCGCUCUUCCUCCCUGCCCACCCUGCACUCCAGCCAAAACCGCAGCCCCAACCACAGUCCCUCCCAUCCCUGCAUGGCGUCUGCCGUAUCAGCUGAGGCCCUUCUGGUAGCUGAUGCCACAAAGACAGAUGUUUGCACUCUGGUGGAGGCAGAGGGCAGAGACUUCAGGAUUUCUUCACCAGAGAAAUUUACCGUGGAUGAGGCUGCUUCCUCCUCAGGGGAUGGACAUAAUAACAGGACUGAGUCCCCCUGUAACACUGAGGCUGAAGUAGAGCAGAUCUUCAGUAAAAAUCUUCAAGAAUGUGUCCACCAAAGUGCCAGUAAAUCAAAAACUCCUUCUGCAUCCCCCCCAAGGCAGAACCAUCUCCACCACCACUACCAUCACCACCUUCUGCACCACUUAAACAAUCAGAUUCUUCUCAAGCCCAGUAAAUGCAAAGGCUCCUGCCCAGCGUCCUACACCCGCUUCACCACUAUCCUACGUCACGAGAGGCAGCAGGCCAUCGUACAGCAAGAGAAGCCAACAGUUUCGGAGAAGAAGGCCAUGCUGCCUGGAAACCUCUUCCUUAUGGGCCCGGCCCCCUUCAGGUUACGGAAGAACCUGCAGUCUCACCAAACUCGAAGGACACUCUUAGCCACCAGGGUGACGGCAGGCCCCCAGAGACCCGCCAGUCUGUCGCCAGAACCCAGGCCCCUCAUCCCCCUGCGGCUUUCCUCCUUGGAGGUUCUUGAGAAGCUGAAUAACGAGGAGGGCAGCAGGAGCAAUCGGCUGAGUAACGGGCAGGUCUUUGACGCCAACGGGAACCUGCUGCAGCCGCUGGCAGCUCACCACAGAGACCCCUCCCCAGCUCACGAGGAAAGCCAGGAUGAAGCGUUGAGAAAGCGUCAUGGGGACAAAGAGAAAAUCCUGGAGGAGCAGCGCCGACUGAAACGGGAGCAGGAAGAGGCCGACAUUGCGGCCAGGAGACACACAGGCAUUGUGCCGACCCACCACCAGUUCAUCACCAACGAGCGUUUCGGAGAUCUGCUCAACAUCACAGAUAAUGCCGAAAAAAGGAAAUCAGGCAUCGAGAGAACUCCUGCCAUGGCACGUUUUGACUUCAGAGCAGAAUCCCUCAAGGAAUUGCCGUUUCAGAAGGGGGAUAUUGUGUACAUUAUCCGACAAGUCGAUCAGAACUGGUAUGAAGGCGAACAUCAUGGAAGAGUUGGCAUCUUCCCACGAAGUUACGUUGAGCUCCUCCCUCCGACAGAGAAAGCCCAGCCAAAGAAAAGUGUCCCAGUGCAGGUACUGGAGUAUGGAGAAGCAGUCGCCCGCUUUAACUUCAAAGGGGACACAGUGGUGGAGAUGUCCUUCAGAAAGGGUGAGCGGAUCACAUUGAUUCGCAGAGUUGAUGAGAACUGGUAUGAGGGGAAAGUUUCUGGCACUAAUCGGCAGGGCAUUUUCCCCGUCACCUACGUAGAAGUCCACAAACGACCCCGCGUCAAAAACGGGGUGGACUACCUGGAUCCUCCAGUCAGCCACUCGCCGCAGCGCAGCACCAACGCAUCUCCUCAGCUCUAUCGUAACCGUCUGACCACCUCCCCCCUCCCUCUCCCCCGUUCCUCCCGUCGCUCCAUAUCACCUGAGGUCCAUGCUGUCUCCUCUGAAUGGAUCUCCCUGACCGUAGGAGGUGGGAGCCCUCCCGCUGCCCCGACCCCGCCCCUGCCACCGCUGCCCACUGUGUCCUACCGCUGGGGCGAGUACCUGCCCCCACCUUACUCUGCCAGCCCUGUGCCCAAUGUCUCCGGCAGCCCAUAUUGUAUCUCCCCCAUGGCUUCACCAUCUGCCUCUCCUCUGCCCCCGCCUUACCCACCGAGGCCCAACUCAGCCACUCCCUUCCUCACUUUUACUCCACCUCAGGGGGAGGACCUGCUGCUCUCCCUUUUCUCACCUCACCUCUCACGCAGUGUGAGCCCCAGUAGUGGGCCGGUGCUGGAGGGCUGGCUGAGGGGGGAGAAGGAGCUGAACGAGGGGGAGAGCAUUGAAGGGGACAUGGGCCGAGCAGCCCUGGGAAGCAGACAAAAUAGCCCUGCAGAGUUUGUGAAGAACGAGGCCGACCAUCACGGACGGAUCUCCAGAAGCCCCGUGAUGCCGUACGACGUCCAGGAGAACAACAAUGUUAACUCAUUUGCGGAGGCAGUGUGUAAUGAGAUCUUGAAUAUUGCUGAGACCUCGGUGAGGUACUGCAGCACCCUGUCCCACCACCAUAAUGACUCUCUCCAUAGACUGCACCCCCACCCCAGUAAACAAUCUCUCAUCAUUUCCCAGCAACCCCAGUCCCACAGCAGCAGCCUGGAGCCGAGCCGUCUCAGCUGUGGAAUUUUCCAGGCUUUGUACAGUUAUGUGCCUCAGAAUGACGACGAGCUGGAGCUGCAGGAAGGAGAUCUCGUCAGUGUCAUGGAAAAAUGCGAUGACGGCUGGUUUGUUGGCACUUCAAAGAGGACAAAACAGUUUGGGACUUUCCCUGGGAAUUACGUGAAGGAAGUGAAACUGUAACGAUAUCUAAUCUGCCUGUAACACAUGGUUGCCUGUCAAGCUUGGGGAACUUAUUACUGCUGCGCAUGGCUGUUGGUUAGAAUAGUCAUCUGGCCAGGCGAAUACAUUUUGUCUGGGAAAGUGAUCAGUGUGGUCUGGGGUAUGUCAAACGGCACGAGGCGAGGACGGUGGAGGGGACGGCUCUCUGUCCAAACCGCGAUCGCACGUUACUCACUUCUUGGCAGAAUUCACCCGUCUCCAACAUGUGAGAAUAACGUCACACAAAUUAGCUGGUGUUGCACAAAUAAUAGCUUCCAAUUCGUCCGUGUGCACACACGUCUAUGUAGCACCUCAGUCUGGAGGCUGGCACCAGAGGAGCUCACCUAAGAAGGACUUUGGAGGAGGAAAAAAUGGCAUUUUAUGUGGUGCAAGUUGGAGCUGUUUGACAUAAGCUACCUUUCAGGACCAGAGGUGGGAUGUAAAUCAUGGACCUCGUUAACUUAAAAACAGAAAUAUCAAAAUUAUUUCCUGGAGGUGUAAUUUUUUUAGAUUUUGUGUCUGUCAAACAUACUUUUCCCCUUUUUAAGAACAAUUAUUUUUGAGUUUAAAGGGCGCAUAUCAUUAUUAUUAGUAUUUUUCUAUUUUGAUUGUGUUUAGGAUUUUGGUUAUCAAUAGUUAGAUUGAUUUUUAUGUCUGCAAUGAAGAAGUAUGUAAAAUAAGGUUUGAAAAAAUAAAGAAUUCAAGCAUAAGGCAGUUGAAAAGCACCAAAAACUGAGGGAUGAGUGAUGACGUUAUGUUUUGAAAACCAGACCUGGACAUCAAGGCAUAACAGAAUGUCUGACCAAGACAAAAGCAGUUAUAGCAGCUUCUGCAGCUCAAAGCUGAGGUUAAAGUGGGGAUUUAUAUCCAGUGAGGAAGAGAAAAUCGGGAAAUCUCAGAGAGCAGUAGCUUGGAGACAGAACAACCCGGCACCCUAAGGAGGCAUUUAAAAGCUCUCUGUGAAGGGAAGUUAAAAUCCCCAGAUGGGAGCAGCAGUGAAACGUUCAGACACUGAUGAAAAAGAUUCUGUUAUAGGUAGCUAUUGGAAAAACUAAAUAUUAUCCUGCAUGGCAAACGGUGUGCUUAUAAGCAACACCCGCAGUCACCUUGUUGGUCUGGCUGUUGACUCUGCUGUUGGUCAUAGAUAUGUCCUAUCAUCUUUCCUCAGCUUUAGAUAGUUUCUUCAUUUAAAUCCAUCCAUCCAUUUUUUUUACCCGCUUUUUUAUACCUGUCUCCAGCAGUCUACGGGCAGGAGGCGGGAUACAGCCUGGACCGGUCGCCAGUCCAUCGCAUGGGAACACAGACACACACAGGACAAACAACCAUGCACACACCCAUUCACACCUAAGGGCAAUUUAGAGAAACUAAUUAACCUAACAGUCAUGUUUUUGGACUGUGGAAGGAAGCCGGAGUACCUAGUGAAAACCCACGCAUGCACAGGGAGAACAUGCAAACUCCAUUCAGAAAGAGCCCUGGCCGGGAGUGGAACAAAGGACCUUCAUGUUGUAAGGCAACAGUGCUACCAACUGUGCCACCAUGCAGUCCUUCAUUUGAAUCUAAUUUUCCAAUUUUUUCAUGUUCCUGGGGUAAAAAGUAACAGUAUUUUUUGUUGAUGAGGACAAAUCUGUCCUCCCUCUUUGGGUUUUGCUCCUCAGAGCUCCCACACGUUCCUUCAUAGAUGAAGGAUGGAGUAAGUAAAAAUGUAAAAAUGCUUACUCCAUUCUUUUUCCACAUAUUUACCCUAAAAUGUUAAUUUUUGUCCAAAAAAAAACAAUCAUGUUUUUGAUUAUGUGAGAGAUUUACCAGUUACUGCAGUUCCAGACAACACGUCAUCAUCCAUAUAUGGUAGUGCCUUCCUGUUUUCUGUAGCCUUGACCUAAAAAUAUUUUUUUGUUUCAGAAAAUUGUCUUUAAAAAUUUUUCUCCACUUUAAAAACCAACAGAAAAGCGGAUUGUGGCUUAUGUAUAUCAAGAUAAUUAGGUUUUCUGCCUCUUAUAUGAUGAUAUAUGCCCUUUAAUUGUAUGUAAUGUUAGAGACGCCUGUAGAAACUGAUUUGAUUAUGCAUUUUUGCUUUUAUGUUAAUUACUUAAAAUCCCCAAAUGUUCAGUGCUGUCUUAAUUAGGGGAAUGUCAAAGCUUUUACAACUCGGUGUAAUCCAAACGCUUUUGAUACCGCUUCAGUAUAGCCUUGGUUUUUCAACCAAACCUUCUGCUGCAGUUGUUGAUGCAGUCAGGUGCAUGUCUAGAAACAACAAACGUAUUUAAACUUCCAUAUUUUCUAUAUUUUCUGUAGCAAACACAAACACAGGCCACAUGUACUCUGUUGCAUGUAUUGUGAAAGUGAAGCAUACCUCAAUAUGCUGGCUUUUGAUUUGAUUGAUGCCUUUAAGGUAGCUAGUGAUUCAACGCCUUCAGCACAACUGUUAGAUGGGCGUGGUAGCACUUAACUUCCUGUUUGUCCCACCUAACAUGAUAAAAGCAGAUUAAUCAGAUGAACUACAGUUAUUUGUUUUAGCCAGAGAGGUGUCCCAGAAUGUAAUUUUAAUGAUUUAAAGAAAGCCUUUAGAAAUCUUAACCAUACCCUCUUUGACGAGAUUGUAUCCACACAUAAAAGAGGCCUUCUGAAUACAAGUAUGUAUUUUCUUCCUGUAAAUGUUCUGCAUGCACUGUAAAACCAAACUGGAGCAUGAAAGCCCAUCUCAACCCUCUUCAUUAUCCCACAGAGGAGGUGCCAGCGUUUUACUUCGUUCAUUGAGCUUUAAUUCCUUUGAACUCCGCUCUAAAAGCAUCAGAGCCGUUUUCCUCCGGGUAAAGAGCUCCAACACCGUCAGAUUGUUUGAGAGACACCCCAUGCCAGAGUGAAGCUUGUUGCACCGAAACCUAUCUACAAAAAUGAUGACUAUGUUUGACCUUUUUUUGUGGUGGUCUUCAGAAUAUGUCUUGUUUUUGUCAGACUUUGCUGUGUGUAUAUUAGAGCCGAACAGAGCUGUCGGAUUGUACUGCAGAUACAUUUUAGUGCUUGUUAUGACCUGCAUAGAGCAGCAUGAGGCUGUACUUUGUGGGUUAUUUGCUAAGCAGGUAUUUCUAAGCUGGUUUUGUGCAUUUCGGGGCUCUGUGCAAAGAUUAUAAUCCUAAUUUUUCAAUUGCAAAUAGCAGACCAUCAGUACACAUACUCUUUUAUAUGCUUGUUUGUACAGUGCCUUGCAAAAGUAUUCAAACUCCUUGAAAUUUUUACAUUUUGUCAGCCUUCAACCACAUGCUAUAAUAUAUUUUAUUUGUAUUUUAUGUGAAAGACCAACACAAAUAAUUGUGGCACAAUUGCACCUCAGAUGUAGAAACUGAACGUUUUGCCUCUGGCUUUCUUAGAAUGGUCUUACAACAGAUCUUCAACUGGAUUAGAUGUGGACUUUGACUGGACCUCUCUAACACAUCUCUUUGCUGUGAUCUAAACCAUCUCAUUGUAGCUCUGGCUGUAUAUUUAGGGUCAUUCUCCUUCUGGAAGGUGAACCUCCAUCUCAGUCUCAAGUCUUCUGCAACCUCUAACAGGUUUUCUUCCGUGUUUGUAGCUCCACCAAUCUUCUCAUCGACUGUUACUAGUUUCUCUGUCCCUGCUGAAGAAAUGAAUUCACAGAUCAAGAUGCUACCACCACCGUAUUUCACCAUUGGUCUGUUGUGUUCAGUGUGCCAUGUGUACGUUUUCCUCCACACAGCGUUUUGCUUGGAGAACAAACAGUUCAGUUUUGGUGUUGUCUGAUCAAAGCAACUCUUCCAUACAUUCGCUGUGUCCUCUAUACGGUUUGCUUCAUGUUGCUAAAUGGGACUUCUAAUGGCUUUCUUCUUGUCCUUCUAUCAUAAAGGCCAGAUUAGUAAAGUCCACUGCUAAUAGUUGUGCUGUUGACAGAUUCUCCUACCUGAGCUGUUAAUCUAUGCAUCUCCUCCAGAGUAACUACGGGCCUUUUGUCAUACUUGUCAUACUGCAUUUUCAGAUGAUUUAUUAAUCAGUGCUCUGUGAGAUCUUGUUGGUUUAACCUUCUUCACAACGUUGUCCCUGUCCUGUCUGCGGUGUUCCAUGGUCUUCAUCAGGAUGUUUGUUCACUAACUUUAUCUGAUGCCUUCACAGAACAGCUGUAUUUGUACUGACAUAAGACACUUAGACUAGAUUUUAUUUAGAGGUGAGAGGUUAGAAAAAGUGGCUGAAUACAAAUACAUACUUUUAAUAUUUGUAAAAAAUAUUAUCAUUUUCCUUCCACUUCAAUGUAAUCCACUACUUUGUGUUGGUCUAUCAUGUAAAAUCCCAUAUGGAUGUGUCGAUGUUUGUGGUUGUAAUGUGACUAAAUGUGAAAAUAAGUAUUCUUUAGUAAAGCACUGUAGAUGUGUAUGAAGAUCAGUUUAACACGAGUCCAAUCAGUGUUUAUUUGGUGUCUAAUUCAGUUUUUGUCUCGUUCUGAAAGCCCUCCGACUGCUUUGCCAACAUAGCUACAUAGUAUUUUCCUCACACUGCACUGUGGGUUUGCCUGCAUGGCACUGAUAAAAUGUUCAUGUGUUUUCUUUCACCACAGAGGCCUCCACAACAUGUUUGUUCCUCUAUAACCUCAGCUUCACAUGGCUGGUUAAGAGUGUGAUGACGUGUAGCUUUGUAAAAACUUUCUUCUUUUUUCUUCUUCCAUUAUGAAAAGAGAGAUUUUUUUUACACCCUAUAUGAAAUCAGUAGGUCAGAACUACUCACAGCAGUGUUUUUGUGCUCUAUUGUGCUACAUUAAGCAUCAGCGGGUGAAUGGCUGUUUGUGUAUAUGAAUGUGAUGCAGGCAGUGUUGUCUAAACUUCGUCCUGGAUGAGCAAGACAAGGGUUGUAUAUAUGUAAAAUAAAGCAAAUAGACUGUAAGCGACAGGAGUAUCAGACUGGGCUCCUUGUCAUUUGCAGUGGAUUAUUUACCAUGAAGGAUUUGUGAGAAAGCACAGAGUGGCGCGUUACUCAGCAGCACAGAAAGUUUGACAGAUAUGAUUAUGUUCGCUGCCAUUUGUGACCAUCAUAAUGAUUUACAAUACAUGCAAACUUCUGCAUCAUUGUCAUUUUAAUUCAAUUUUUUUUUCGGGACUUUCCCUGAAAUGUGUCAUGUCAUAAUUCAGUGUAACCAUGGUCUGUUUGUUACCGUACAGUACCAGUACCUAAGAGUGUGACACAGUGCUUCGAAAUAACGAUUAAUAAUUCAAAUAUUGGGCUAGUUUGAUGAGGUGCACAGCCUGCAACAGGUUUUGUUUGUUUGCUUCUAUUUGCAGUGAUGUUACAUUAACAAUAUUAAAAUAAAGAUACUACACACUGCUGUGACUUCGGUAUUAUGCAAUAUUUAAUAAACAGUUUAAACUAU